CUCCAAUAGGCUAUAAAGGUCAAAAGGGACUCUGUUGAAGUUUGAACACGGUUUCUGAAGCUUUCUCUGCAUCGGUUAGAUGACAUGGCUGACAGGCUGACCCAACUGCAGGACACGGUGAACCAGCAAGCGGAGUACUUCUGCAACUCCAUAGGUAUACUGCAGCAGCACUCGACCCCGUCCAAGUUCGCCGGUUUUGACCGUUCUGGGUCUCAGACUCCGCAGCAACAGCAGGACGACUACGCCCAGCUAUUCGCCACCCUCAUAACUCGCUGCGCCAAGGACAUAGACGCCUUGAUCGAGUCUCUUCCUUCGGACGAGUCGUCCAACGACCUCCAGCUCCAGUGCCUCAAACGUCUCGAGCAAGACAACCAAGAAGCAGCAGAACGUCUGGACGAGGUUGUACGACGUGGUGAAAUUCUCCUUGAACAGGUCCAAGCUUCACUUGCUGAUAUCGCCCAAAGCCAACUCGACAUGCAGCACCUCGCGCCAAAAAAUUAACUUCCACUUUUCUAUUUUCCUGUAAAUAUUUAUUAUUGUAAUAAAGACAUUUCUAAUUGGA